AUGGCCGCCAAGUCCGAUGGGGUUAUAAAAAUGAAAAGGAGCGACGUGGCGUUCACUCCGCUGCAGAACUCGGACCACUCGGGCUCGGUGCAGGGGCUGAACCCGGGAUCGCAGCCGGACUCGGGGACCGGAGAGGGGGACUUCGUGAAUGCGGACUCUCGCUGCUGCGGCUCCUCCUCGACGUGUCUCCGCCUCGGCAGGGAGCAGCAGAAGUGGACGGUCUGGGACGCUCUCUGGAUCCUCGCGGCGGUCGCGGUCUACGUGGCCGACGUGGGCACGGACGUGUGGCUCUCCGUCGACUACUACCUCCGCGGCGAGUACUGGUGGUUCGGCCUCACGCUGUUUUUCGUGGCGCUCGGCUCGCUCUCGGUCCAGGUGUUCAGCUUUCGGUGGUUCGUCCAGGAUUUCAGCACCGAGGAGAGCGCGGGCGCCGCCGGUUGCGCUCACCUGGACGGGAAGCUCCUGAGCGGCUCGGCGUCUCACGGGGACGUAGGUGCCCACCCGUCUACACCCCAGAGACAGGCGUCCACCGCCAGUAAGAGCAAUACCACCACCAACAGCACCAGCAGCACCAACGCGACCCGGACUAAGAAAAGGUCGACGUCCCUGUCGUUCUGCAUCUGGUUCAUGCAGUCGCUAAUUCACACUCUGCAGCUGGGGCAGAUAUGGAGGUACUUCCACACGCUGUACCUGGGGGUGCGGAGCCGGCGCAGCGGGGAGCAGGAGCGCUGGCGCUACCACUGGAGGAUGGUGUACGAGUACGCCGACGUCAGCAUGCUGCACCUGCUCGCCACCUUCCUGGAGAGCGCCCCCCAGCUGGUGCUGCAGCUCUGCAUCAUCAUCCGGACACACACACUGCAGGCGCUGCAGGGCAUGACCGCGGCCGCGUCCCUGGUGUCGUUGGCCUGGGCGCUGGCCUCGUACCAGAAGGCGCUGAGAGACAGCCGGGAGGACAAGCGGCCCCUCAGCCACCUGGCGGUGCUGCUGCAGUUCUGCUGGCACUUCUUCACGGUGGCGGCGCGCGUGGUGACCUUCGCCCUCUUCGCCUCCGUGUUCCAGCUGUACUUCGCCGUGUUCAUCGUGCUGCACUGGUGCGCCAUGACCUUCUGGAUCGUGCACUGCGAGACCGAGUUCUGCGUCAGCAAGUGGGAGGAGAUCGUGUUCGACAUGGUGGCGGGCGUGGUGUACAUCUUCAGCUGGUUCAACGUGAAGGAGGGGCGCACGCGCUGGCGGCUGCUGGCGUACUACGCGGCGGUGCUGCUGGAGAACGCGGCGCUGAGCGCGCUGUGGUACCUGCACCGCCAGCCGGCCGACACGGAGGCCUUCGCCGUGCCCGCGCUGUGCGUCAUCUUCAGCAGCUUCCUGACGGGCGUGCUGUUCAUGCUCAUGUACUACGCCUUCUUCCACCCCAACGGCGCCCGCUUCGGCCGCUCCGGCAGCCUGGCGCUGGACGACCCCGCGUCCGGCAGCUUCACCCUGCCGCCGGAGGGCGCCACCAACUCGCUGCGCUCCAACCGGGGCGGGGCGGGGGCGGGCGCGGGCGCGGGCGCGGGGGGGGGGGUCUCGGAGAGGGACGGAUUCGCGCCCGUGUUCCAGGUGCGGCCCACCGCCCCCUCCACGCCGUCCUCCUGCCGGGCCCCGCGGGGCCCCGGGGCCGUGCUGAGGAUCGACCUGUGCAGGAACAGGUACCCCGCCUGGGAGCGCCACCUGCUGGACAGAAGCAUCCGGAAGGCCGUGCUGGCGGCCGAGAGCGGGGCCACGCCCCCCCGCCUGCAGUACAAGGACGACGCGUUGAUGCAGGAGCGCCUGGAGUACGAGACCACCCUGUAG